CCUGACGUCAUGACAGCAGCAUCAGCUGUUAGCUUCGCCGCUGUAAGCCUCUCCGCUGGCCGUCGCUCCCCGCACAAAGGAAAUAUAUGAGAUCUCCUCUAAUCCCUGAAAUGGCAACACAGGAGGUUCAGCUGAACGAGACUCUGACCCACCUGAAAACCGAGUCCGAAACGCUAAAGACCAAACUGGAGGAGGAGAGGGCGAAGCUGCACGAUGUCGAGCUCCACCAGGUGGCAGAGAAGGUGGAAGCCCUGGGUCAGUUCGUUAUGAAAACCCGUAGGACUUUGAAGGGACAUGGCAACAAAGUUCUGUGCAUGGACUGGUGCAAGGACAAGAGGAGAAUUGUCAGCUCCUCACAGGAUGGAAAAGUGAUUGUAUGGGAUGCCUUCACCACCAACAAGGAGCACGCUGUGACAAUGCCUUGCACCUGGGUGAUGGCUUGCGCCUACGCUCCAUCAGGCUGCGCCGUAGCUUGUGGGGGCCUGGAUAAUAAGUGCUCUGUGUAUCCUCUGUCCCUGGACAAGAAUGAGAACCUGGCUGCUAAAAAGAAGUCAGUGGCGAUGCACACAAAUUACCUUUCAGCCUGUAGCUUCACCAACUCAGACAUGCAGAUCCUGACAUCCAGCGGAGAUGGGACUUGCGCAUUAUGGGAUGUCGAAAGUGGACAGCUGCUGCAGAGCUUCCAUGGCCAUGCUGCAGACGUGCUCUGUCUGGAUUUGGCCCCAUCUGAGACUGGAAACACGUUUGUUUCAGGGGGCUGUGAUAAGAAGGCUAAUGUGUGGGACAUGCGUUCAGGGCAGUGCAUUCAGUCCUUCGAAACUCAUGAAUCUGACAUAAAUAGUGUGCGAUAUUAUCCAAGUGGAGAUGCUUUUGCAUCUGGUUCAGAUGACGCUACGUGUCGUCUGUAUGACUUAAGGGCAGACAGAGAAGUGGCCAUUUAUUCCAAAGAGAGCAUCAUCUUUGGAGUCUCCAGCGUUGAUUUCUCACUCAGUGGUCGGCUACUGUUCGGUGGAUAUAAUGACUACACCAUAAACGUGUGGGACGUUCUCAAAGGAACACGGGUCUCCAUUCUGUUUGGACAUGAGAAUCGGGUCAGCACACUGCGCGUCUCCCCCGAUGGGACGGCCUUCUGCACAGGAUCCUGGGACCACACUCUUCGGAUCUGGGCCUAAACCCGCCACAAUGGAUUAAAUAUGAGACUACUAAAGGCACACUGACGUUUCUGUUUGUUAGCGUACAAUCAGAGAGAUAGAAACUCAGUUUUGGUUGUACAUAGGACAUAUCAAUAGCAUUGUAUAUACUCUUGUCUUCUGGUCAGGUUAGAUUUAAAUAUUUCAGAGUUAUUAAACUAAAUGGCACGCUUUCAUUACAAUAUAACUGAAAGAAAAUAGCACAGAACUACUUAAUAUUUAGAGAAUAUAUUGCAGAAAUAUGGAUGGUAGAGACUUGCAUUGGCGUAGGGUAGAAGUGACACAAUAAAGUAUUGUAUUGUAUGUACCCACAUAAAGGACAAUAUUUAUUUGUUUUCUUCAGUAGUGAUCAUGAAAAAUGCAGUCUGAUGAGAAAAACCAAAUAAAUCCAACAGGGAAGGAGAGAUGGAGAGUAGAGUGUCUUCUCUGUAGGGCUGGAAUCGGUUAAAAUUAUUGUUUUUUAUUUUAUAAUUAAUGAAAAGAAAAAACGCCAUAAGGGCAGCAGUAAGAGCUGACAUUAAAUACAACAACCAAAACUGCAAUGUUGAAUUUUAGUUAAAGUGAAAAAAAUUAAUAAACUCCACAACCCCUCAAAAUAACAUUUCCUAUUUUUAACAACAGUUCACCUACCAAAACUACACUCAAUUAAGUGAAUUACAUUUACAAAUUAGAGUUUAUGUUGUUUUCUAGUUUCGUGAUUAUUAAACAGGCUUUUACUUUUAUUGUCUAUUUUUCAAUUGUUUAAGACAGCUUCCCAGUGCACACAUUCAGACAUAAGAAACCAGUUUCUUCAUUUUCUCGGCCCCAGCUAUACUCCUACUCUACAGGAAGGUUGAAAGAAUGUACUUCCCACGCAGCUGUGCGAUGGCUGCGACUUCAUAUUUACUGUAAUUAUUUUGCUGUAGUUUAGUGUACAGGUAUCCAUGGGACUGUUAUUCAGAAUAUUACAAACCUAAUAAACAAAGUUUUGAAUAUCA